GUGUUUACCCGAAGUUGAGGACAUAGGGGGCGUUGUGGCAAGCCCCAGGCCGUGGUGCGUGCCGUCUGACCUCAAGGAUUAGGAGGCCAGAGAGAGAUCUCUUCCACGGUGCAGGGCUGAAAUGGACCCGCUUAGGGCCCAGCAGCUGGCGGCAGAGCUGGAGGUUGAGAUGAUGGCUGAUAUGUACAACAGAAUGACCAGUGCCUGCCACCGGAAGUGCGUGCCUCCCCACUACAAGGAAGCAGAACUGUCCAAGGGCGAGUCUGUGUGCCUGGACCGGUGUGUCUCCAAGUACCUGGAUAUCCAUGAGCGGAUGGGCAAAAAGUUGACAGAAUUGUCUAUGCAGGACGAAGAGCUCAUGAAGAGGGUGCAGCAGAGUUCUGGGCCUGCAUGAGGCCCCAGGCAGUACACCGUAAGGUGCACCCUGUCCUUUCCCACUUGUCUAAUAAAAGUGCCCCCAUUGGGUGUCAUCUGUGAAGACUGCCAGGCCUAGGCUCUUUCUGGAAAGUCUCCAGGAGCCCAGGGUAUGAUGGAGCUCUUUCCCGGUCGGAGAAGGGGUAUUUGUCACACUGGCAUGUGACUGUGUGUUUAUAUAUAUUAUAUAUUAAAACAAGUUUGUUGACACCUACAGUGU